AUGUUGACGUCCCCAGAUACGGAAAUUCCCAGAGAAGAGGGCGCAGGAAACGCCCGAGGAAUGGAGACGCCCACUGAUGACCGACUAGAGAUCGUCAUCAUAGGCUGUGGCAUUAUCGGCUCCGUUCUCGCCCUUGGCCUCAUCCAGAAGAACAUCAGAGUGAAGGUAUACGAGCAAGCAGGAACUCUACGCGAGAUCGGAGCCGGCAUCGCCUUCACCGCCAACGCUCGAGAGUGCAUGUCGUUGAUAGACCCGAGAAUCGUCGACUGCGUGAACGCCGUGGCGACGGCAAACGGGGACCCGGAGAAUCCCAACAACAACAUGCAAUUCAUCGAUGGCUACACCCAUACCCCUGGGGAAGACGACAUGAAGGGGAAGAUCCUCUACAAGCUAGCCGCCGGGCCAAGAGAGUUCGAGGGAUGCCAUCGGGCACACUUUCUCGAAGAGGUGAUGAAGCUGAUGGCGGAUGGAGUAGUACAGCUCUCCAAGCGCCUGGAGUCAAUCGAGGAGCCGUGCGGUGACAAGCUUGUGCUGACAUUCAGCGAUGGCACAUGUGCGAUUGCCGAUGCGGGUCAUCCUCUAGUGAUCGGGUGCGACGGUAUCAAGUCGCGGGUCCGCGAGAUCAUCCUGGGCAAGGACAACCCGGCCUCGUACCCGCACUACACACACAAAAUCGCUUUCCGCGGACUUGUUCCCAUGGACGAAGCCAUUGCCAGACUAGGGGACUACCGCGCACGCAAUCAGCACAUGUACGGGGGUCCCGGGGCGCACGUUCUUCACUUCCCUGUCGCGAAGCAGAAGUUGAUGAAUGUGGUUGCGUUCGUCGACGAUCCCAAUGAGUGGCCACUGGAUCGCGCCAUGUCCCAGCCUGCAACCAAAGGUGAGGUCGCCGCCGCAUUCGAGGGCUGGGGACCAACCGUCCGGUCUAUCAUCGACCUUCUGCCGCCGGAGCUGGAGAAAUGGGCGGUGUUCGACUCGUUUGACCACCCUGCGCCGACGUACUCGCGUGGUAGGGUGUGCAUCGCAGGUGAUGCUGCCCACGCGUCGUCGCCACAUCACGGAGCUGGAGCUGGUAUCGGGAUCGAAGAUGCGUUGGCUCUGUCGGUGUUACUGGAGGGUGUCCAGAAGAGCUGUAGAACUUCUGCUGGCAACCGAUGGAGGUCAUUGGAGAAGGCCUUUUCGCUUUUUACCGAUGUCCGUCAUGAACGAUCCCAGUGGCUUGUUCGUAGUAGUCGAGAGGCGUGUGAGAUCUACGAGUGGAAUGAUUCCAAAUGUGGUGCCGAUAUGACGAAAGGCCAUGAGGAGAUCACCCGGCGUUCUCACAAGAUCUGGUAUUUCGAUAUUCAAGACAUGAUACGGAAGCUGGAGGAGGGUUAUUCCCGUGAAAUGGGGUUGGGAUAG